UUAUGUCAAUGAAAACUAAAAAUAAUUAAGAAACAAAAUUUGAAAUAUUUUUCAAAGGGACCUUUCUGAUUGCUACUGUUUUGUCUCGCCCAUCUUGAGGAUGACAGAGUAUCUUGUAUGGGCGACAGUUAUUAGUGAAGGGGCUACGGUGACAGAUUGGUAAUGGGCGGACAACUUCAACGCUACACUCAAAUUGGGUUACUCAGCUACACCCCCAUACCCCUAUGCAUAAUCCCCAGGUGUUACAACAGGCUGGAGAUCUGAAGGCGGCAGGGGUGAUUUUCCAAAGGAGAGGGGCGAUGGUGUGACAUCAAACUCAGCCAGUGGUUUGACUCGGCUACUUGUCCUGCCAUCAAAGCAAUCCCUCUUCCUCGCGAGGAUAGGCUAAUCUGGUAUGAUACGUGUGCUGAUAUUUUCAUUGUAAAAUCUGCCUAUCAUCUAGCAGUUUUGCUAGAUAAGCAGGUUGGUCGGUGGCGAUCCACGGCUAGUUGGAUGGAUAUGUCAAGUUGGAUAUGUUAUGUGGGGAGCCCAUAUUCAACCCAAACUUAAAGUGUUUUUAUGCAAAAUAUUCCAAUGGAUCCUCCUAACGACGGAAGCCCUAAUUGAGAAGGAAGUUCAAGUGCUUAGCAGGUGUCCGAUUUGUUGGGGCAGAAUUGGAAACAAUGGACAUUUGUAUCUUGAUUUCCCUAUGGCAAGGGUAAUAUGAGAUCAUUCUAGUCUCGAAUAUCAAGGUUUGCUCUUCACACAUUUUCGCUCUUCCUUAACAAGCUGAUGUUACUUAUACAUCAACCUCAACUGUUUAUGGCGGUUAUCGCGGUCCUUUGGAGGAUCUAGCGGUCACAAACGGGGUUGUCUUUGUGGGCAAACAAUUUGGGAUUCCAACUUUGAUGCGACAAUUUCACCAAAAAUAUCAGUAGUGGAUUAGGUUGUCUGUUGACCGUGUUGUGCAGUUGUCCAUCCCACAAGCGAGUUACUUGAGUGGCGGGAACCCUACUUCAGUUAUCUACAUGUGAGGUGGGGUGACAAAGAGUGUGUCCCAUUUAGCAGGAGGAAUGAUUAUGAUCAAGAACCAAGAAGAGAUUGUCAUUUUGGCGAAAGGGAUGCAAUUUGUUGAAAUUGAUGAUCCUAUGGUAGUCGAGAUCCUUGUUAUCCGGGAGGCUAUUUUGUGGUGUCUGGAGAAUGGGUUUGCGGAGAUGCCAAAGUGAUCAUUGAUAAAAUAAAUUAGGCAGAUACCCGGGUCAAUUGGACAGAGGCCAUCCUUGAGGAAAUCUUGCGUCGUUAGACUAUUCACACUGGGCUUAAUUUGGGAUUUGUAGGUCGGAAAAGUAAUAUGGUAGACCAUUUGGUUGCUAGAAAGACCCUUUCAUUGUAGUCGACUACAUUUUGUUUCUUUAAUUUUCUGGUAUAGCUAAAUUCCAGUAUGCAAUGAUCUACCGUUACAAUCAAUACAUAUGUUUAUCUUUUGUAAAAAAAAAAACCUAGGUUUGCAAAGAUUAGUAUACCAUUCUUUUCACUACACUACUUAUACACUUCAUUACUUUUUUCGCACAAAUACUUAUUUUUAUAAAUCACCUCCCAUUAAUAAUGAAUAGGACCAUGUAAAAAUUGAAGAAAAUGGUACUCCUCCUUGACGUUUCCGUGGGGGAGCGACUUAAGUAACUGCUCCAAAAUUCCUUCUUCCUUUCCUCAGGGUCCUGUAUUUUUGCCUUGCUGCACUUGUUUGCUGACCAGCAACCUGCAACCGUUUUCUCCUUUCCUUUUCUUUUUCUUGCUCCGUGUACCAAGUUCAGCUCUGCUGAACUACGAACUUUGCUUUUUGGUUCCCGUCCUCUUAUUUAAUAUUAUCAUCCUUAUAUAAAAAAAAUUCUUUCGCCGCCGCUCAGCAACUAUCCCCCUUCCCUGGUGGUGAUUGAGUUUGUUUUCCUUCAACACCAAAUCCUUCUCCAGUUGGUUGCAUUCUUUUUUGUUUGGUACAGGAUAAAGCAACAAAGAUGACGAUUGUAGGAGGCCAUCGGUUAUAGGGGUGGUGGAUUGUUGCAGGGGAGCGGUUAUAAGGGUCCUUGAUUUCCUUAUUUUGGCGACAGAUAAUCCAGCAGUGAGGGUGAAGGGCACGAUAAGGCCGUUGGCAACACCGAUUGCUUUCAAGGAAGACGAUUGCUUUCUCUUGGCCUUUAUAUAUGCUUAUUGGGAAGUGCCUCUGCCGCUUGACGACGAUGUCGGCCAAGGCCACGAUGGUCUAUUUCCCGGUCAACAUGAUGGUGGACGACACCGACAGUUGGAUCUCCGGCACUAAUGUCCUGACGUUGAUGCAGUUUGCUGCCCACCGCUUUCAUGCGUCGCCGAUCCUGGCUUUACCGCCACACAUUAAAUCUUUUUCCAGAUAUUCUUCCUAUCUUUUGCAGGGGCAUAAAGGAGUUUUCCGAUGGAAGGCGAGUCUUUUCGGUGACAACGAUACUCUUGAGUGGCGGUUUCAUUCUUGCGUAGUUACUUCUCUCACAAUUCCAUACGUGGGCAAGCAUGUUUUCCGAUCCUUUCUAUUUCUUAAUUUUAUUUUUAACCAUGUUUUUUUGGAAAAUUGGUCGAUCUUUAUAGUAUUUUCUUUUACUUCAACUUGCGUGGAUGACAUGUACAACUAGUUUUUUUUUAAUAAUUGAAUUUCUUUUCACAUGUGGACUUGCCUCAACCAUUUGGGAGCGGAUUGCUAUAUGAGUAGUGCUAUUAAGUUUUAGUAUGUCACAUCUACUUGUGUUUGAUAUACCAUAUAAUGGUGCCUAAUCAAUUUGUUUGCUUUGCUAUGUUUUGUGAGGUACUCAAUGGUGGAACUCUGAUUUGGAAUGUUCGAGAGAAGGAUGCUGCACAUUAUUUUUGCCUGUUUGGUGGCACAAUUCCUAGAGGAGAUUCGUGUGGCGAUCUCUUCUUUCUCUUUCUGUAUUUGUUCUUUUACUCUCUGUAUGUAUUACAGGGCUGCCCGUUAGUAGCUCAAAAGGCCCUUUCAUCGGCAAUUCGACUAUUUGUCGAAUGCCGCGUUUGGUUGUGUGCUGUUUUCUGAUUAUUUAUUUUACCCUAUCUAUAUGGAAAGAAAAGGGGGGAAAAAAAAAUGAAUGUCCCUACGAAUUGUAUUGCAGCUGCACAUAUUCUCAUUGCUAAUGACAAUUUUGUUGCAAUGUGCCCCGAAUGCCUAUAGCACAAUCCUGCGACGACCUAAUCAACGACUUACCCAAAAUCCCUUGUCAACAUCACAACCCAAAUUAAGUCAAACCAAACCGAAGUAAGAGUGCGGCGUGGCUGGCUUCUAUUACUCAGCUUGGGUGGGGAGUGUGAAUCACGGUGGGUAAUGCCGUGGAAUGCCACAACCUGGAAAUGGGUAUGUGAGUCGGAGAUGCCAACAAAACCAAAGCCCUCCAUUUGCUUUGUCUUUUGUUAGGUUUUAUAAACCGCAACCCACCCAACUUCUUAAACAAAUCCCUCACGUCUAAGAGUUUGUUGUGCAUGCACACACAAAUUCCGUGACUGUUGACAUCACGACCUAACUCCCCACUUCCACAAAACACACAAUACUAUAUAUAUACUAAUCCCUCCAUUAAUACGACUGUGUUUCCUCCCAUUUCCGCCAUUAAAAUAAUCAAGGUGCUCUGUGCUCUGUUUCUGUGUGUAUAUAUAUAUAUACGAGUGCUUGCUAGUUGGAGGCAAUUAAUUGUCAACCACAAGCUUUUGCCCUGCUAAGAUUUUGUUCCAGGGAAAAGAAAUAGAUCGAUGGAGGAAUCGAAUUCAAGGACGAGCCUACAUGAAAUGGAGACCUUGCUGGUCCCGUUGAGUGUUUUCGUAAUGGUCGGUUAUCACGCCUAUCUUUGGCACUACGUCAAGACCAAACCUUUCCUCACCACACAGGGAACCCACGCUAUGAUGAGGAAGCAAUGGCUGCUCGCCAUCAAACAGGGGGACGAGAAGAAGGAAAUGCUGGCGGUACAGAGCCUGAGGAACGGGCAGAUGGCGACGAUACUAUGCGGCACGGUGGCUAUCAUGAUCAACGUGGCGCUGCCGGCUCUCGCCAACAACACAUACACCACGGGGCGACACAUGUCCCUGAUGCGGUCCCCGCUCUUCGGGUCCCACCAGUCCGGCGGGAUAACGGUGCUCAAGUACGGCUCGGCGUCGGUGUGCCUGCUGGCCAGCUUCCUCUGCAGCUCCAUGGGGCUCGGCUUCCUUAUGGACGCCAAUUUCCUGUUGGUCAACGCCGCCGGGAACUAUCGCUCCGGCUGCGGCGGGGGUGAUGACGGCGAGGAGGAGGAGGUGAUGGUGAGGUGGGCGGCGGCGGAUCACACGGAGAGGUUGGUGGAGAGAGGGUUCAAGUUGGGAAUAUUGGGGAACAGGGUGCUCUGUAUCAGCUUGCCGCUGCUGGCGUGGUUGUUGGGUCCGGUGGCGAUGGCGGUGUCGACCCUGGCGCUGGUCUGGAUCCUUUAUUGCCUUGAUUUUCGAUCCCAGAUGAGGUAGAAGAAGAGUGUGGCUGGUUAUCAAUUGAAAGAUUCUUAAAUUCCCAAAAUUUGAUGGAUGCUUCCGCCACAUGAAUGUAAAAAAGACGGAACCGCUUU